AAUUGCAACCUACAGCCAGAGCAGCUCUCUCAACAAGUUAGUUACAGUAUUUGUGUCCUGUUUUAUUUAUGUUAAUCGUUUGAAUUAAUGAAUUUGUCGUCAGGGAGCAAGCUAAAUGUCUCUGCUCGCGGCUGUGUCGUUAACGUUAAAGUGUAACGUUAGCGUUGAGUUGGAAAGUAGCAAACCUCGGCUAACGUUAGCUUAAUUGCAAGAAGAGACGCCGACUAACAUUGACAGCAAUACCAGAACGGCGGUAUUUCUUUUUUUCUGUCUUUAAAUUAGACCAGUUUUUAUCCCUGCUCAUUUCCCUCCUUGGUUGUGCAGUAAAUUGGGUGGCUGGAAUAAGGAAUAAACUGCGUGGCUGACCGUGCUUACUGCUCAUUCACAAAUCACAUCGAAGCUAGCUUGGUCGGCUAGCUGACCGCUAGCAAACCGUAUCAAAAGUCACCAAAGCAACAAUGAAUAUCCUUCCGAAGAAGAGCUGGCACGUCCGCAACAAAGACAACGUCGCGCGCGUGCGGAGGGACGAGGCCAAAGCAGCGGAGGAGGAGCGCGAGGCCAAGCGUCGCGUGGAGCGUGCUGAGCAAGAGGCACGCACAGAGUAUCUGAGAAGGAAAGCCCGAGCUGCUCUUCCGUCAGAGGGAGGAAGGCGCGAUGACGAUGAACAGAGUGGAGGAAGUGGAGCUCUGGAGCAUCUUAAUCUUUUUCCCCUUGAGGAGUCCUCUGAGAAGAAGGGAAAUGAGGAGUAUCUUAAGGAAAAGAAAGAUGAAAAGGAAAAGCAGGAACGAGCCAUCGGCUUGCUGGUGUCUCUAGGACCCCAACCGGGGUCUGAAGUCACUCCAUGGUACAUGAAGACCAGCAAAGAAAAAGAAGAGAGGAAAGAAAAAGAAAAGAGGAAGGGAAUAAGUGAAGAGGAAAAGGAGAAGAAAGAUCGCAGAUUGAAAGACAGUUUGGAUCCAUUGAAAGAUAUGAAGAAAGCACUGGCUGUAAAGGAGAGGAAAGACAACAAGAGCAAGAAACCGGAGAAAAGAGAAAAGGGGCUAAAGAGGAGCAGUGGAGAGAGCUCCAUAGAAAGGUUACGUGCUGAGCGUUUGCAGAGAGAGGCUGAAGAAAGGAGGAGAGCACAGGCCCUGCUCGACCAGAGGAGCGGCAAAGGGAAGGAGCCGGGGAUGGAGAUGACUGAGAGGGAGAGGCCAUACAACAGCGCAUACUUCCCAGAACUUGCCCGAAAGCGACAAAGGCGCGAUCGAGACAGCUGGAGAGAUGAAAUAUUAAAAUCAUGAGCUGUCGUUUUUGGUCGUUUGAGGAGUGUGAUGUGUGAUGGAUGGUUAAAUGGACAAAUAUUGUGACCAGUGUGUUUCCUAGUGAAGCAAAUGUAAAAAGCCAAGAAGAAAGAAGGUAACAUGGAAAGUGUGCAGAAGUAGGUAAGGAAGUAGCGUUAUGAAACCCUAAGAACACACUUGUAACCUUGUCACGUUAUUGUCAUUAAGUUAAUGAAGGGGCAGCUUGUAAGGCCACUUUUUCUUUUCUUUUUGCUCACCCAGAAAGGGAGAUUCUUGCACAGAGGCCAGAGGUCAGGCUCAGACGCAGUUAUUUCGCCCGCGAUCACGUUGGCAGGGCAGAUGGUUGCUGCACGGGGGGCUUGAAGGCUCGCAGCGAAGAAAACACUCCGUGAACAACUGUGAGAAUUGUUUAUAUUAUUGCACAAGUUCAAAGAGAUUAUAACACACGAAUGAACAACAGUCUUUCAGUAAAGAAUUUACACUGUGCAGAAUACAGCUCAUUAAUCAAUGAGAGUCAUCAAAAAUAGAAGAAAAAACCCAACUUUUUCAAGGAAAAUUGCAAACCAUUCUCAGUUUCUGGCUCCUCGUGCGGAUUUUAUGCUUUUCUUUGUCAUGUAUUACUUUCAGCUGGAUUUCUUUGGGUUUUAGACAAACAAUUUGAAGAUGUCACCUUGGGCUCUAGGAAAUUAGAAUAGAUUCCUUUUCACUAUUUCUUGGCACUGUAUAGACAAAAUAAUAUAUCAAUUAAGAAAAUAAUCAGCAAAUUGAUCAAUAAGUAAAGUGUUUGCAGCCCAAGGUGAGAUCGUUCAGAACAUGUCUCAUGUGAACGUUAGAUGACAGAGAUUGUUUAGGGUUUGUCUGCGUCAGUAAAGUCCCUGCAAUGCUUUGCGUGAAUUGAACAUUCAUAGUUUUCAAAGCCGCGAAGGCCUUUUUCACAGACGACGUUUUAACACAUCACAGUGGGAAAAGCUCAGCUGAGGGCUGAGUUCCAUUUAGCUGCCUCAGUUUCAGGGUCCUGGUAUUAUUCCCGCUGUUUCACUGUCACACUGUCAUGACUCACUGGGACACUUGACAAGACAUGUUAAUGUUAUUAGUCAAACCUGUGCUUUUCCUAGUUUGACGAGUCAAAAUGUCUGCUGUUAAAAACUACCAACAUCAAUAAGCAACACAUAACGUUCACAUUUACUUGCUUAUUUUCAUCACUGUAAAUUAUUUUAUAAAUAUACUUUGUGAAAAUACACUCAGCCUGAAGUAAAUGCUGCUUUCGUGAGUGAUAAAAUGAUUAUUUGUUGGUUUAACUGUAGUUUGUGGUGCUGAUUAAUUGUAUCAGGUUACAAUAAGGCCUUUCUUUUAUUUUGUCCACCUCAGUUAUAUCAAUGAGCCAAACUACAGUCUCCAAAAUGGAUGAACACAAAAGCUGAGCACGACAACCUUUAUGAAGGUAUGGCUUAUGGCAGGGCUGCUGUGUCAGCAUUAAUGCAUUAAUUUCAGUUAUGUGAACCUAAAAAGCUGGCAAUGAGUGUAAAUUACCCAUGAAUUGUGCACAACAUUGAUCUUUAUUUUUAUCCAACAGUCUUACAAAUGCCUAUAUAUAAUAUACCCAAGAAAGUGUAUUUUUGGUUUAUAAAAUGAAAAAGGCUUGCACUUUUUGCCAAUUAACAAGUCAUUUGUAUUAUUUAAUAGGAUGCCAUAAUAACAUGCUUAUAUAAAUACUGAAGUGAUGC